AAAAGAAAGGAGAUAGGGCUAAGGCAACAGGCUGGGCCAACAGGCCUUCCCUUGGUGGUGGGGAGCCCCCAGAGGUGGAGAAGGGGACACGGGGGAGCGGGGAGCACGGAGAAGGCCUCCAGAGCCACAGGCUCAUCCGGCCUCCUCCCCUAGUGGCUGGCUCUGCUCCCGAUCCUGGGUAGCCCAACAGCUGGGCAAGGGGUCUGCCUGGGCCCGGGAAAGGCGCGGGGGCAGAAGGUAGCAGAGGUAGAAAAGGACCCCCUGCCUGCCUCUGACCCCAAAGACAAGUCUGAAUGGGACCAGAGGAAAUGGCUGGGCCUUGGGGCGCCCCAAGGUCUUGGAGGGGACCAGGGUGUUCAGGUUUCCCACAAGACCAGGAAGGGCCGGCGACUCCCCCGGGAGGCUCCGCCGGGAACAGGCGUCCCGGGGGGUGAAGGUGACCCCCGUGGGCUCCGAAGCCCCGCCUCGGCUGUGCACAGCAUGCAUGGCGCGCUUGGGGAGCCUGGGAGCCCGUCUCGGAGGAACCGGGACAGGCGGCGGCGGGGCGGGCUCGGAGCGCCGAAGGGGUUAAGGCACCUGGGCCGCCGCCCCUGCCGGCCCCUCCUCCCGCGGCCGGGAAAAGGAAAGUCGCGGCGGGGGCGCAGCCCGGCCUCCGUCCCCGUCCGCCCGCCGCCGUCCUGCCGGCCGGAGCCGCGGCGCCCAGAGCUGCGAGCCGCGCGCCCCUCCGCCGCCCCGGCCCGGGCCGCCAUGUCGCUGUGGAAGAAAACCAUCUACCGGAGUCUCUGCCUGGCCCUGGCCCUGCUCGUGGCCGUGACCGUGUUCCAGCGCAGUCUUACCCCUGGUCAGUUUCUGCAGGAGCCUCCGCCACCCACCCUGGAGCCACAGAGGGCCCAGAAGCCAAACGGACCGCUGGUGAACUCCAACAACUUCUGGAAGAACCCAAAGGAUGUGGCCAUGCCCAUGACCGUGGCCUCUCAGGGGCCCCAGGCCUGGGAUGUGACCACCACUAACUGCUCAGCCAACAUCAACCUGACCCACCAGGCCUGGUUCCAGGGCCUAGAGCCGCAGUUCCGGCAGUUUCUCUUCUACCGCCACUGCCGCUACUUCCCCAUGCUGCUGAACCACCCAGAGAAGUGCAGGGGCGAUGUCUACCUGCUGGUGGUCAUCAAGUCGGUCAUCACGCAGCAUGACCGCCGGGAGGCCAUCCGCCAGACCUGGGGCCGCGAGUGGGAGUCAGCGGGCGGGGGCCGGGGCGCCGUGCGCACCCUCUUCCUGCUGGGCACGGCCUCCAAGCAGGAAGAGCGUGUACACUACCAGCAGCUGCUGGCCUAUGAGGACCGCCUCUACAGCGACAUCCUGCAGUGGGACUUUCUCGACACCUUCUUCAACCUGACCCUCAAGGAGAUCCACUUCCUCAAGUGGCUGGACAUCUACUGCCCCCACGUCCCCUUCAUCUUCAAAGGCGACGAUGACGUCUUCGUCAACCCCACCAACCUGCUAGAAUUUCUGGCUGACCGGCAGCCACAGGAAAACCUGUUCGUGGGUGACGUCCUGCAGCACGCUCGGCCCAUCCGCAGGAAAGACAACAAAUACUACAUCCCGGGGGCCCUGUACAGCAAGGCCAGCUACCCGCCGUAUGCAGGUGGCGGUGGCUUCCUCAUGGCCGGCAGCCUGGCCCGGCGCCUGCACCACGCCUGUGAUACCCUGGAGCUCUACCCCAUCGACGACGUCUUCCUGGGCAUGUGCCUGGAGGUGCUGGGCGUUCAGCCCACAGCCCACGAGGGCUUCAAGACUUUCGGCAUCUCUCGGAACCGCAACAGCCGCAUGAACAAGGAGCCGUGCUUCUUCCGUGCCAUGCUGGUGGUCCACAAGCUGCUGCCCCCUGAGCUGCUGGCCAUGUGGGGGCUGGUGCAUAGCAACCUCACCUGCUCCCGCAAGCUCCAGGUGCUCUGACCCCAGCUGGGCCACCAGGACAGGCCAGGGCACGUGCUCCUGAGCCCCCAUCAUAUCGGGCUGGAAUGGUAGUGCCCGGGCCUAGCCGUUGGUCCCCAAGGGGAGGUGGAGGGUGGAGGCCUCCGUGCCACUGGGUGUGCUGGGGUGCAGGUAGCCAGAGGGGGACCUCCCUGUGUGGAUAAUUCCAGGAAACAGGCCCAGGAACGGCUGGACCUGCCCAGUCUGGAGGCCCUCUCUGAGGAGUGACCUGGUCCAUGGCUGGCCCCUCAAACCUGGUGGGAGGUCCUGGCGAUCUCUGGAGGCACUCUGUGCGCAGGUACCUGGGCUAGGGUUGGCCUGAUGAGUCUGUGGCCGCCCCUCAUCUUCACAGGGAAGCGUCUUCUGCGAAAUGCCUCAGUCUCCCUAGGGGCCAGGCAGGCCUGGCAGGAGAAACCUGACUCUGUGCAGGCUCACAGGCACCCCCCCAGUCCACGCGCUGGUCUCCCAGCAGGCUCUCUGCAGCCCCAGGCCUGCCUGCAGCCGGGCUGUCUCCCGUCUGGGGCCUCGGCUCCAGCGCCCCUGCUCCUGGCUGUGUCCUGUAACACCUAGAGGGGCAACCGCUCUGACUACCUCAGUGCCCCUCAGAACCUCCCACCCCACCCCAUAACAGGGCAGAAGAGCAGCGCUCCUGGCCCCCCGAAACCCCAGUGCUGCUGACCCCAGCCCAAGGCGAGUCCCUCCCACAGUCCCCACCCCCCAGGCCUGGCUCCCUGGCCGGAGAGCAGCCGCUUUGGCCCUGGAAGUGGACAUUCCUCUAUUACUGUGAAGUCUUAUUUAUGAAGAAUGUGGAGGGAGAAGGCUCCAGGCUUCAGGAGGGGGUUGUCCUCCCUGGCCCUCCUCCUUCCCUUCCCUCAUUCCAGCUGCCUGUCCCCAGCACCCCCAGGCCCCUCACAGCCCCCUCCAGAGCCCUACCCCACCCCGCACCCUGCUUCUGCAGGGCCUGGUGGACCAGCGUCUGCCCUGUGCAGGGUGGCUCAGCCGUGGGGUGGGUGCAGAACGUUGCCACCUCCUACCUCAGCAGGGGUCACCUAGGAAAGAUGGUGGGAUCUACUAUUUUCUCAAUAAAAUGGGCCUUUUUUUUUUUCUGGUGUGAAACUUCCUGUUCCCAGCUCCAUCAGAGAGCCUGUCUGGGGCUGAGGUUGCCAGAGAGAUUUCAGAAGACACAGUUUGUUCCUUGUUCUUGGCUGGGGGGUACACAAGGACUUGAAAGGAUGUAGAGGGUGCUGAGUGCUAGGAUUACAAUGGGGAUGGGGGUAUGGCAACAGAAAGACGUGGGAGCUAGCAGUGCACCCCGCCCUUGCCUGUGCCCUGGUGGACAGCUGAGCUGUGGCUCAGGCGUGGGCCAGUAUCUUCCUGUCCCUGCCAAGGGUGAGGCCAGAGUUGGCCUGAGGCUAAUGUUUUGGUGGGUGGGAUUAGAUCAGGGUGCUGAGGCCAGUGGGUUCCCUGAGGUCCCUUCCAGUGAAAGCACUGAAGUGGCUUAUGGCCCUAUGCCGGGGACCUUGGCCCCAGCUGCUGACCUCCAGGAUGGGGAGGGAGCUACCUGCCCCAGAAGAGUCAUUCAGGCAGCAGUAGAGCAAGCCAGCGGCUCCCUGCCUGCACCCAGCGCAGGGGAAUCCCAGAGGGGUCAGAUGCCCCUGGAGGGAAAGGGGACAGCACUGCUCUUUCUCCCUCCCCAGCACGGGUCUUCCCACAGUUCCCUCUCAGCCAGCUGGCUGCAUAAUUUGCAGAGCCCAGUGCAAAAUGAAGUCACAGGACCCUGGCUCUAAAACAGUAUUAAGAAUUUAAAAAAAAAAAAGUGGCCGGGCGCGGUGGCUCACACCUGUAAUCCCAGCACUUUGGGAGGCCAAGGCAGGUGGAUCACCUGAGGUCAGGAGUUUGAGACCAGCCUGACUAACACAGUGAAACCCCAUCUCUACUAAAACUACAAAAAUUAGCUGGGCGUGUUGGCAUGUACCUAAUAAUCCCAGCUACUCAGAGGCUGAGGCAGGAGAAUCACUUGAACCCGAGAGGUGGAGGUUUCAGUGAACUGAAAUCGUGGCAUUGCACUUCAGCCUGGGCAACAAGAGUGAAACUCUGUCUCAAAAAAAAAAAAAAACAAUUUUAAGGCUAGGCGCGAUGGUUUACAUCUAUAAUCCCAGCACUUUGGAAGGUCCAGGUGGGUGGAUCACAAGGUCAGGAGUUUGAGACCAGCCUGGCCAACAUGGUGAAACCCCAUCUCUACUAAAAAUAUAAUAAUUAGCUGGACAUGGUGGUGUGUGCCUGUAGUUCCAGGUACUCAGGAAGCUGAGGCAGGAGAAUCACUUGAGCCCAGGAGGCGGAGAUUGCAGUGAGCUGAGAUUGCAUCAUUGUACUCCAGCCUGGACGACAGAGUGAAACUCCGUCUCAAAAAAAAAAAAAAGGAAUUUUAAAGGCUGGGCUCAUGCCUAUAAUCCCAACACUUUGGGAGGCUGAGGUUGGAGGAUGGCUUGAGCCCAGGAAUUUGGGGCCAGCCUGGGCAACAUAGUGAGACACUGUCUCUACAAAAAAUUUAAAAAUUACCUCAGAGUGGUGGCACACACCUGUCUGGGGCCAAGGUUGCCAGAGAUUGCCUUGGGGGGCCUGAGGUGGGAGGAUCACUUGAACCCGAGAGGUGGAGGUUUCAGUGAACUGAAAUCGUGGCAUUGCACUCCAGCCUGGGCAACAACAGUGAAACUCUGUCUCAAAAAAAAAAAAAAAAGAAUUUUAAGGCCAGGCCUUGAACCCGGGAGGUCAAGACUACAGUGAGCCAUGAUCCCCUCACUGCACUCCAGCCUUGGUGACAGAGCUAGACACUAUCUCAAAAAAAAUAAAAAUAAAAAUUUAAGAUUGCCAUAGCAGAGCAUUGAGCAUUAAACCAAGUGCCCAGAGCUUCUGAGCAAGGCCUACCACUGUGAUGCCAGCCCUGUGUGUCCCUCCUCACCCUCAGAAACCAGGUCCUGCUCUGGACUGCAGAGAGGAGAUUGGGGCUACAGUUCAGCCUGGGAGAGGGCAGCCCAGGGACACCCAGAAAACAGAGAGAAAACAGGCGUACAGGGCAGAGGCCCAGAGGCUGCUAUGGGUUCAGCUGAGGAUCAGGCAGAGCACACCAUGUAUACUGAGGGCUGCCGGGAGCAGGAUGGGUGCAUUCUGAAGCAGAAAGGAGCUCCUCUUGGGGCUGGACCUGGGGGUGAAAGAAAGGGAGGAGGCUGGGAGGCAGGCAGGGUAUGUUCUUAGGUCUUCUAGGUUCAGGAAUGGUUCACAGCAACCUGAGGGAUCAAAGGGCAGUUUUGAGGUGCACCUGCUGCUCACUCUGGCUCAAAAAAAAAAAAUGGCCAGCUCAUUCUGGCCAACUCCUCCAGAAACCCUUGGACACAAAGGUCACUCUGGAAAAUCAGGCAUUUAGUCUUGCUUCUUGGUAAUGAUAACAACUGACAUUUUUAUGGAGCAUUUUAUGGAGCACAUUUCACAUUCCUGGCACCCUGGUAAAUAGUGUGUAGUCAAUGACUUUAACUCAGGGUACAAAUAUGGUUACUUUAAAAUUUUUUCUCAUUGAUUGCUCAAAUACCUCGUGUACCAUUAUUGGCAGAAAAAAAAUCAAUACCACACUCUUGGAACCCACUCUCAAAUUGUCCAAGAACCUCAGGGAUUUCCCUCCAAAGAGAGGAUUCUCUGGAAAGUCUGAGCAGUCGUCUGCAGUUGUUCCCACUCCCUCCACACAGUGGCGCUGUGGAACACUGGGCCUGCACAGUCCUGUGGCCUCUGAGGCUUGGCUACCUUCACUGCACAGGGGGCAUGUGGAACCCAUCCUUCCAAAACAAAGUUACCCUUCUCUCAGUCAUCUUUACAAGUUCAACGAUCUUUCCCCAAAGAGUAGCAGCAUGCCAGGGGUGCUGGGUUCUGUGACUCUCAGUCAGCUACACAGUCUGCUGGGGGAACCCCAGAGACUCACUCAGGUUCUCUCUGGCCUAGUGAAGCAACUUUUUAAGACAGUGAAUUUUAGUUAGUCCCGGGGUCUUAACUCUUUCCUCCUCAAAGGCCCUGGCUUUGCAAAAUGGUUCCUGUUCCCUCCUCCCCAGCAACUGGCUCUGCAUUCCAAGGGGCCUUGAAAAGGGGCAGCCUUUGUCAGGCCUCAAAAAGUCCAAUUCUACUCUUCCCCCAGGGCAAUGGGUGCCUACUCAGCCACAUUUGCAUAACUAAAGGAGACCACUCAAAGAAUCCUACCCUUAACAAAGAAAGCCUGUUCCUAGGUGACUUAUUCUGUGCACCUAAACUGAGAAGGAACAGGGAAAGCUUCUGGAAUCCUGUUAUAUGCCAUGUUCAAAGUAAGAAAUGGAGGGCCCUAAGAGAGAGAUCCCACGGCUACAGGGUGACAGGCAUGAUUUGAACUCUGUGCCCUGCACGCCUAACCCCCAUACCCUACUGUCUCCCAAGAGCCUCCAGCCUCCCCUCUUUUCUCCUUAGCAGUAACUUAGUCAUAAAUCUGUGUUUGUUGUUUCUAAGGAGGAAAAUGUUAUGUCCAGUGAGUGAUUGAAAUUGUGGUGUUUGGGGAAGCCCAGUGUUAUUAGGGCUGUAAGAAAUAAAUUUUUCCAGAUAGUUAUUGAAGCUAUUGUGAAGAAAAACUUUUCUGUUCCAAUGAAACACUAUACAUCAUCUAAGGCACAGCCAGACCUGUCUGCUUCCAGCCCCAUUCAUGGUCUUUGAGCUAUUUUGCACCUCUUUUUAAGUUGCAGGUACUGAGGGCUUUGCAGACUGUCUUGUCAGGUGAAGCUUCCAUUGCCUUCUCUCCCCCCACCCCGACGCACCCCCACGGUGGAAAAACCAGUUUGCCUCCGUUUGCAACUCAAUUCCUUCACUCCAUAUACAUUUGUGCUUUUGGAUGUCUCCUUUGAACCAGUCAUAGCAUCUGCCUUGUCCUUCUUAUGAGUAAAAUAAAUCUUUAACACAUG